CCACCGGUCUUUCGAUACUGCCGGGGAUAUAAACAGCCGAGAAGCAUGGCAAUUAUCCGGUGGGACGCUAGCAGGAUAUGUAUAUGAGAUUGCGAUUUCCAGGACCUUAAACAUCACGAUGCCAGUGGAGGUCAAUUCCGUGCCAAUUGAGUUACGAGUCAUCGCGACUGAUCCUUAUCCGUGACAAUGAAGCUCCUGUCUGCCUGUGUAGCGGCCUGUUUGGCGCUGCAGGCGACUGCAGCUGCCAUCUCACACAAAUUCAAUGGAUUCACACUCAUAGAGCAUCCAGAUCCGGAGAAGCGCGCCUUGACGCAGAAUGUCAUUACAUGGGAUGAGCACUCUCUCUUUAUUCGAGGAGAGAGGAUUAUGAUCUUCAGCGGAGAAUUCCACCCUUUUCGUCUUCCAGUUCCGUCUCUGUGGCUAGAUGUGUUCCAAAAGGUCAAAGCACUCGGUUUCAAUUGUGUCUCUUUCUACGUCGACUGGGCGCUCCUGGAGGGAAAGCCAGGCGAAUAUCGAGCAGAUGGAAUAUUCGCACUGGAGCCAUUUUUCGAAGCAGCAUCCGAGGCGGGAAUUUAUCUUCUUGCUCGUCCAGGGCCGUACAUCAACGCUGAGGCGUCAGGAGGGGGUUUUCCGGGAUGGUUACAGAGAAUCAACGGCACGCUGCGGACGUCUGCGAAGGACUACCUCGACGCCACGGAUAACUACAUGAAGAACGUGGGAGCCACUAUUGCCAAAGCUCAGAUAACGAAUGGCGGUCCCGUAAUCCUAUGGCAGCCUGAGAAUGAAUACACCGGUGCAUGCUGCGGUGCUAAGUUCCCGGAUUAUGAGUACAUGCAAUAUGUCAUCGACCAAGCGAGAAACGCAGGCAUUGUCAUCCCGCUCAUCAACAAUGAUGCUUCGCCUGAUGGUCACGAUGUGCCGGGUCAAGGCGUCGGAGAGGUGAAUAUUUACGGCCAUGAUAGCUACCCUCUGGGAUUUGACUGUGCCCACCCCACUACCUGGCCGGAAGGGGACCUCCCUACAGAUUUCCGCACACUCCAUCUGCAGCAGAGUCCCUCCACUCCAUAUUCUAUCGUUGAGUUUCAAGGAGGCUCAUAUGAUCCGUGGGGUGGACUAGGCUUUGAAGCAUGUGCCAGCCUCCUCAAUCACGAAUUCGAAAGCGUGUUCUACAAGAACGAUCUAAGCUUUGGAGUUACUAUACUAAAUCUCUACAUGAUCUUCGGCGGCACCAACUGGGGCAACUUGGGUCAUCCUGGCGGAUAUUCCUCAUACGACUAUGGCUCAGCUAUAACUGAAUCCCGCAACGUGACCCGGGAGAAAUAUAGCGAACUCAAGUUGAUCGGCAACUUCGUCAAGGCCUCCGAGUCGUAUAUCACAGCUACUCCUGGGAACUUGACUACCGGAGUAUACACCGACACUACUGACCUGACAGUUACGCCGCUCUUUGGCAAUGGGUCAUCGACCUCUUUCUUUGUUCUCAGACAUUCUGACUACAGCAGCCAGGAAUCUACCAGCUACAAGCUAAAGCUACCUACAAGCGCUGGUAACCUGACUAUCCCUCAACUCGGAGGAUCGCUCACGCUUAACGGACGUGAUUCUAAGAUUCACGUCACGGACUAUGACGUUGCGGGGACGAACGUCCUAUACUCUACCGCUGAGGUCUUUACAUGGAAGAAAUUCGAAGACAAGAAGGUUCUCGUUGUCUAUGGCGGAGCAGGCGAGCAUCAUGAAAUUGCCAUAUCUGGCAGCACCAAUGCUACGGUCCUUGAGAACGAGAGUCCGGAUAUCUCAAGCGAAUCUAAGGGCCAGUAUGUCGUCAUUGGCUGGGAUGCCUCUUCUACUCGCCGCAUCGUGCAAGUCGGAGACCUCCAGCUAUUCCUCCUAGACAAAAACACCGCAUACAAUUACUGGGUACCCGAACUUCCAACCGACAGCACUUCUCCUGGACUCAGCACCCAGGAGAAAACUGCAUCAUCAAUCAUCGUCAAAGCCGGAUAUCUCGUCCGAACAGCAUAUCUCAAAGACAAUGGACUCUACCUCACGGCCGACUUCAACGCAACCACACCCAUUGAGAUUAUCGGCGCACCCAGCACAGCCAAGUCUCUCUAUAUCAACGGUAAGGAAGUCAAUCACUCCAUUGACAAGAACGGAAUCUGGUCCACCACAGUCGAAUACCCCGAGCCCGCAAUCAAACUUCCUAAUUUGAAAGACCUCGAAUGGAAAUACAUCGACACUCUCCCUGAGAUCCAGUCAUCCUACGACGACUCCGCCUGGGUUACAGCCAACAACAAGACCCGUACUAACCUGCGGACUCCAACAUCGCUCUACUCCUCAGAUUACGGCUUCCACACCGGAUACCUCCUCUACCGCGGACACAUCGUCGCUACAGGCUCCGAAGCCCAAUUCUCAAUCGAAACGCAAGGCGGCUACGCAUUCGGCAGUUCCGUCUGGCUAAACUCGACCUACAUCGGUUCCUGGACCGGCGUCGACAAAUACAGCAACUAUAACUCAACAUACAAACUCCCGAACCUCAGCCGCGGCCAAGAAUACGUAUUCACCGUCCUCGUAGAUAACAUGGGUCUAGACGAAGAUUGGACCGUCGGUAGCGACGAGAUGAAAUAUCCCCGUGGUAUCCUCAGCUAUGACCUCCAGGGUAACAACGCCAGCAACUUCACCUGGAAACUCACCGGUAAUCUCGGCGGGGAGGACUACCAGGAUAAAGUCCGCGGACCCUUAAACGAAGGCGGGUUAUAUGCCGAACGGCAAGGAUUUCACCAACCUUACCCCCCAAGCCAAUCCUGGGAAUCAUCCAGUCCCUUUACCGGCCUCACGAAACCAGGCGUGGCGUUCUACGCGGCCAGCUUUGACCUUGAUAUUCCCUCGGGCUGGGACGUUCCUCUCUACUUCACGUUCGGGAAUAGCACGUAUCCGCCGCCGGCAUAUCGCGUGCAGCUCUACGUGAAUGGAUACCAAUUCGGGAAGUACGUCAAUAACGUUGGUCCGCAGACUAGUUUUCAUGUCCCGGAGGGGAUUUUGAAUUAUCGUGGCACGAACUGGGUUGCGUUGAGUUUGUGGGCGCAGGAGUCGGAUGGUGCGAAGCUGGAUAGUUUCGAGCUGGAGUUUAAGACGCCGGUUUUGACGGCUUUGGAGGGAGUUCAGUCUGUGGAACAGCCGAGAUAUACGGAGCGGGAUGGGGCAUAUUGAUCCAGCAGUGAGGAAAUAGGGAAGAUAGUAGAUAGUUAGGGAUAGGUCUGCAGCUCUCUUUUCUGUUCCUCACGCAGGAUCUGGUGGAACUUGGUUCCAUUCGUAAAUACGUGGGAGGGAUGACUAUAUCAAUCAAGGAAAUACAUAAUCUCAAUGAGAA